UGCUGAUGCUACCACAUUCGCUGCUUUCAGUGCGGCCCGGGUCUUCCAACUGUUUUGUCACGCCUUAGCGCUAACUCCGGUUCAAAGAUACUCGUACUUGCAACAGAAGCAGCUUGUCCAUAGCAGGAGAUACUACUCAUACACCACCCAGCAUCUGUAACCAGCAAAUUGAUCGACUUAGAAGCUUCGAGUUUCAUUUGAACAUAUCGAAUCACAAAAUGCUCACUCCAUGCCUGCUGCUAGUCACAGUCGCCAGCCUCGGCCUCCAGACGCAGGCCAUCCGGGUGGACUGGGGCACGAACACGGGACCGAUAGCGCCGCUGCCGCCACGAACCACGCCACUGCCCCCGCAGAAGCCGUACCGCGAACCGGCGCCUGUCUGGGAGGAUCAAAGCAAUGACACACCCAAUCCCAAUCCCUAUGUGUACGUCUUGCCACCGCCAUCCCGUCCUCGCACCUGGGCCAUACCCGCCGGACCCUAUGCCCCACCCAACUACAACAAUCUGCCGCCCAGGGGCAACUCCAUCAACUAUGGACAGCUGGCCAGCUCCGUGUACAGUGCAGGAGUCACUUCGGUGCCAGGAUUGGCGGCACAGUAUGUCCCCGGCGUGGGCAUCAAGUACACGGCCAUUGUGUUGCCCGACAAGCUGCAGGGCAAGUACAAUGCGAAGACCAAGAAGUACAAGGCCUACGAGAAGGCGGCCAAGCAUGCGUAUCCCUGGAACUAUUUGCAGCAGCUGCCAGUGGAGGAGAAGGCCUUGGAGUGGCAGGCGCAGCUCGAGAAGCAACUCGAAGAAGAGGCUGCCCAGCAGCAGCACAAGCACAAAGAUCAGGCUCUGCCUACCAGUUCCUCAACAACAUCCACUUCAUCUACAACUACGAGUACCACAACGCCAGCACCAGCAGCAGCACCCAGCCCCAGCCCCAGCCCAAGCCCCAGCCCAACAUCUGCCACAUCAGACACCGCAGACACCACAUCGACAUCGGCAAUACAGCCCACAACAAUUGCCAAUUACAAGGUGGCACACGAGAAGAGCGCUCACCUGAGGAAGCUCACCAAGCAGAAGAGACUCCAUCAGCUGCACCUGGAGAUGGAGAGGCAGAAGGAGAAGCUGGCCAAGAAGCAGGAGCAGGAGCUGCAAAACUCGUUACAGACCAGUUGAGCGAUGGGCGGGCCAACAAUAUAAAAAAGAGGAAAACUACACGAAACAAAAGUUAAGCUUAAGUCUUACCCAAAAUGUUGUAAAUAACUAUUAAUAAAGAAAAACACCCCGUAAUAAAACUUAAAUGAAGAAA